AAUUCUUCAUGCUCCCCGGUUAUUGAACAUUUUGACCAUUAGUGAGGCUGUGACGGUCCCACUUUGAACAAUGAUGAACUCUCCCUGCUGAAAGGCAGAGGGAGCGUGAAGGAAUGACCUGAACACUCUUUAAGGUUGAGUAUUUCUCUACAUUUAGCAAACAUUGUCAACCUUCCUGGGUAUUGAGGAGCAGCAGCUGUUAGUUGAUGUAACCUACUGUGUAUGUUUACUGCCACCUUAUAGGCAUCAGUUUAGAUGAAAAACAAUAUGAGGAAUGCUCCUGGAACAACUCCUGUAGCGGAAACCAGAUCCCUGACUGGAGCCAUUGUUGAUCCGUUGUAGCCCCUCCCCCCGCCGGUUAGAGGAGAGCAUCCGCAGCCAAUGGUGCUGUCCAGUCGAAAAGGGCAAACGGUGUGAAUCGCCGUGGUUACCGUGUUAGUUCGUUGAGCCUGUAGUUCUAAACGGGGAAAAAUGAGGACGAUGGAGCCAGUAGUUUGUGAGAUGAACUGUGGACAGACGGACAGACGCACACGAGUCAACCAUGUCAUCUCCUGGCGGAGGUUCGAGUUACGUCGUGGUGAUUAUGGGAUGCGAUGUGACGGACGAGGCUCACGAUGCUGCCUGUGAUGAAUUGUGUGUUGCAGAUGGUGCUGACUAAGAUCGAUAGAGGUGGAACCGGAACGCUGCUGACCAACCUGAUGGACAUUCAGGACGUCGUCAGGACACAGACCUCAAGCUGCUUCCCCCAGCCGCUCCUGGUCAGCUCCCUCCACUUCUGGGGCAUCUACCUCCUGCGAUGCUUCAUCGCUCACGUGACGGGCAGCAUCAGGUUGACGGACACGUCUCCCAGCUGACCCCGGACACACACACACCCACCCACAAUGCAACUGCUCCACAGGCCUUUAUUUUCUAAUAAAAUGUAAAAACAC